AUGCAAUCAUAUCUUAUUAGUAGAGAUAGUUUUCUUGUUUAUGAUCUUAAAAGGCUUGAAAAUUUUACAGACGAACAAAUUCAAGAAUUCCGACAAGCUUUUCUUCUUUACGAUAAAGAUUCAGACGGUGCUAUUAGUCCUAAAGUACUCGGUAAUGUAAUGAGAACACUCGGACAAAAUCCUACUGAAGAUGAACUUAAAGGAUUAAUUAAUGAAUUUGAUUGUGAAGGCAAAGGAUUAAUCGAUUUUGAUGAAUUUCUCCAAAUGAUGGCUAAACGAGCUAAUGAAUAUAGUGAAGAAGAUGAAUUAAGAGAAGCUUUUCGUGUAUUUGAUAAAAAUGGACAUGGCUUUAUUAAAGUAGCUGAAUUAAGACAUAUAAUGACCAAUUUAGGUGAACAGUUUUCCGAUAAUGAAGUCGAUGAAAUUUUGCGUGAAAUCGACACAAGUGGUAAUGGAAUUAUUCGAUAUGAUGGUGAUAUAUUCAAUUAA